AUGUCUGGCCGUCCCAUCUUCGUGGCCACCCAUCCGCGGUCCUGUUCCACGGCCUUUGAGCGGGUAUUUCUGACCCGUUCCGACGACAUCGCCUGUGCCCAUGAGCCCUUUGGCGAUGCCUUCUACUACGGGCCCGAGCGCCUGGGCCAUCGCUUCGCCGAGGAUGAUGAGUCGCGCCUCCGCAGCGGCUUUGCCGACGUCACCUACAAGGACGUCCUCGACCGGUUUGCCGACAGCAACAAUGCCCACAAGCGCGUCUUCAUCAAGGACAUGGCCUACUACCUGAUGCCUCCUCACAGCCAGUCAGCCUCGGUGGUGCCGUCACUGGCUGCCAGUUCUGUUGGCUCCCACGACCAGAAUCCGUCCGUCAUCCCGCUGGCCAUCCUUCGCCGCUUCCACUUUGCCUUUCUCAUCCGCCAUCCCCGUCACUCCAUCCCGUCCUACUACCGCUGCACCGUCCCGCCGCUGGUCCAGACGACCGAGUUCCACGACUUUCUCACCUGCGAGGCUGGCUACGCCGAGCUGCGCCGUCUGUUCGAUUACCUGCGCGCCCAGCGCGUCGUCGGCGGCCCUGACGUCCCCAUCGUCGUCAUUGACGCCGACGACCUGCUCGACCGGCCUACCGAGGCCAUUGACGCCUUCUGUCGCCACGUCGGCCUCGACUUCACCCCCGACAUGAUGCGCUGGGAGGACGACAAGAACCAGCAGAUCGCUGCGACCGCGUUCGAAAAGUGGGCUGGCUUCCACGACGACGCGCUCGCUAGCACUGGGCUCAAGGCUCGGAUCAGCCAUCGGAAACAGCUUACGGAGGAGGAGGAGGACGAGCAGUGGAAGCAAAAGUACGGCGACAAGGGCCAGAAACUCAUCCGCAAGUGCGUCACGGCCAAUACGGAAGACUAUGAGUACCUCAAGUCCUUUUCACUCAAGUUUUAG